CGGCCUUAUUCCAUGAAGAACAAGGCUGCGACGACCAAGCGAUCGAGUCUGAUGGCCUUUACUCUCUGCGUUUCCCGUAUGUACUUGAUCAACAUGCGAAUCGUGGAAGGUGAAUUAUAACUCAAUACUACUAUAAGAAAGCCUAACUCUCUAACACGUGUGGAUGGAGCCGUGACCACCAGGUGACAAGGUCUGCGCAGCUUCGGAUUUGAGGCGGCGGUCGUAGUUGCGGCGGGCCACUUGCACGGCGACGGCAGAGAGGACAAUGGCCCAGACGAGCCACAAAUACGGAAAUAGAAGCGUGAGCUUGAGGCCCUGACGGUCCUGCGCACACAGUGGGUUGAGCUUGUUGUCGGCGACGAUGUUGCAGUGGGGCGCGGCGCUGUCCUUGAUAAGUCCGAGCACAAUCGGCGACGGGACGUCCCCAAACACAUGGGACAGCAGCGUGUUGAUACCUAGCGCGAGGCCGCGGCGGCGCUUGUCCACGGACAAGAUGAUGGCCACUACGGACGCCGGCACACAUCCAAAGAGAAACGUCAGCGCGAGCGACAACGCCGACACAGUGAGCACGAGGCCGUAGUCCAGCAGCAGCCAGCUCACGACCAAGAAGGUCGUGCCGAGCGUGAGCAUGACGCACAGCUGGCGGGUCGCCAUGUACACGCGGAACUCGUCGUUGUCGGGCUGGGUCUUGCAGUUGCGGUCGAGGCAGAGGCCACCGAGGAGGGUGCCGAUGGUACCCGCGACGACGAUGAUGGCCCCAAACACCAUGGCCGCCGACUUUUCUUCGAACAAUCCCAUGCCAAUGAGCAGCGACGGACCGAACGCACCGAGGCCGGAAAUGCUAAACACGUACGCGGCGCUGCCCAUGGCCACGAGCAUAAACAACGGACUUUUCAAGAUCUCCCAAAUUUCCACAUGCAAUGACACACGUGGCGUCACGAGGAGCGACUUGGUGUCCCUAUCCGAGGACGGACCGGCUACUGCUGGGGUCGAGGAGGUAAGUCGAGGUUCGAUGAAGGACAGCGUGGAAUGAAUCAAGCCAUCUUGCGCGGUGGUGGCGGCAGGGUUUGACGAGUCGGACUCAAACGACGUUGGCCGCGUGACGCUUUCUUCGACGACGAUCGACUUGCGCGGCUUGGGCUCGUCCCGCAUCAUGUGGCCCCCGGGAAGGUUGAACCGCUGGGGAAUGCAAAACACACACAUGAGUACGAGCGGCACCAUGAGAAGACCUUCCGAAUAGAACGCCCACGGCCACCGAAGCACCGACGUGGCAAACAUGGCGCUGUAAAAGUACCCUGACGCGGAGGAGCGUGGUCGUCGAUGAAGGAUGGCGCGAUGGCUUGAAAGGACGACUCGCCGACGCCGCUGAGGAUGCGUCCGACGAGGAGAAGGUUCAAGCUUUGCACAGCGUCUGCCAAACCGCAGAGAAACAUGGCCACGACCCACACGACCAGCCCCGCCGCGAUGAGAACGAACGGGCGGUAGUAGAUGGCCCAGUACCCAAAGGCGAUGCUAAAGACAGAGUACCCUGCGAUGAACGCCGACACCAGCAGACCGAGCCACGCGCUGACACCAGUGUGGGGUGUGGUUGUUGCUGAGGUCGCGUUGUCAGCGUUCGAGUUGGCGUGCAGGACAGACGAGAUAAACCCUUCGAACUGCAGCGGUGAGCCCGGGAUGAUGCCUCGAUCAAUGUAGUUGAGCAUGUUGAUGGCGCAUAGGAGCACGAAGAUGGCCCCAACGGUCUUGACCUCAAGCAUGAUCAAGCGGAACUGAAACCAACGAACGUCGCUACUCUGUACUAGUCAUUCGAACCCAGCACAUAUCUUGGUAUAAUACCAGCAGUGUCACACCCAGCUGGUACUGGAUUUACCUUCAACUUGAAUACAAACGCCCAUAUAUACUUGAC